UCUUGCAGGUGGCUGGCAUCCAGUAGCCUUUUUCCUCUGGCAUGUGUUCACACAAGAACAUCUCUGCAAAAAUCUGGGAAGUGGGAGAAGAAGAACAGGGUUGUUUACCCUCCGCAGCUGCCGGGAGAACCUCGCAGACCAGCGGAAAUAUAUCAUUGUCGGAGGGAAAUAAAAUAUAGCAGAGAUAAGAUGUGGUAUCUGGCAAAACUGAUAAAAGGGAUGUCCAUUGAUCAGGCUCUUGCUCAGUUGGAAUUUAAUGAUAAAAAGGGAGCAAAAGUGAUCAAAGAGGUUCUGUUAGAAGCGCAGGAAAUGGCAGUAAGAAAUCACAACGUCGAAUUCAAAUCAAAUUUACAUAUAGCUGAGUCAUUGACUGGCCGAGGCCGCUACAUGAAGCGGAUUCGUUACCAUGGCAAAGGCAUGUUUGGCAUCAUGAAUAUCAACAGGUGCCAUUACUUUGUGAAGUUGGUGGAAGGUCCUCCUCCUCCUCCAGAGCCACCAAGGACUGGUUUUGACCAAGCAAAAGAAUACGUGCAGCAGCUGCGAAGUAGAACCCUUAUUAAUACACUGUGACUCUAUAGGUAUUUCUUGUCUGCCAAUGUAAUUAGAUAAAAGAAUAAUUAAAAUCAUGUUUUA